UCCGAAAAUUUCCUUCUCCGAUAUGAUGCACGCUGUAUAUAACGAAAGUUUUAAAAAUCGUCUGCACGAGGUAGUGGAGGAAGACAAUAAAAUAGGAACAGAAGCCAAUAUCAGCUACUUUAUUCAAGUCUCAACCAGCAACGUUGCCACUUUAAGUAGGCUAAUGCGAGUCUUGUAUCACAAAGAUAACUUGUACGCCAUCCACUUUGAUAAGAAAAUAGAAGAUCAACUAGUAACUUGGACUCUAAGAGAGAUAGCAAGGGUCAUCACUAGAGUUUCAGCAGGAACAAACUUGACGUUGCCUUCCAACAUCAUUGUCAUUCCGCGGAAGUAUGUCUCCUACAUGGGUAUAUCCAUGGUGCUCAACACAAUAGCUGGAAUGGAAGCUCUCGCAGAAUCAAGUCAUUGGGAUUUCUUUAUUAAUCUUUCCGGAAGUGACUAUCCCCUUCUAUCACAGUCACAAAUAAGGAGGAUCUUAGGUCACGCCAAGCAAAAGCAUCCACGUCCAAAUUUCAUGUGGAUCGAUGGAAACUCCGAUAAAUGGAGAAAUCGUCUGUCAGACUUGCAUUUUGAUCCCGCUCUCUACGAAGAACUCGACGUUCCUCACAAUCCUGGCGGCUUCGAGUUACUAGAAGCUGUUCCUCCAGGUGCUAAGCACCCAUUAGCAAAUGCUUCCUGGUUUUCAUUUUCAAAAUGUGAAGCAUGGAUGAUCCUUUCCAAUGAACUUGUCGAACAUAUCAUUCGAAGCGUUAUUUCUAAAGAGUUAUUGAUCAAGUUUGCUCAUUCUUUAGCAUCUGAUGAACAUUUCUUCUGUACACUGUUGAAAGCACAACAAGAUAAUUUUCCGCAUAUCAACUCAACAAUGAGAUUCAUAUUGUGGUGGCAUCCCCAACUAGGCAACUCAGGAGCUCGACCGUUCACUUUGGAUGAUAAAUGGUGGCUGAUUGGAAAAGCUUUAAGAUGUUCGGGAGCCUUUUUUGCACGAAAAUUUUCCGAUUCUAAUGCUGAUGUUCUUGAGGCGAUAGAUACUCUCUUUAUCCGAGGUCUCGAUAAAGAUUUUGCCAAGCUGGUAGAACGAAAAUUUUUAGAGAUGAUAAAGAAUUCUUCUGAUAUUCAUUGAUAUUACAUUUCUUUGAUAUCCUCAUCGUUUAAGUUGGAAAUCUCCAGUUCCAACAAGCUUCGUAUAAAGUCUGUUUCAAUAUC